AUGGGGGCACAACUACGGGGGAAUCCGAGCUUUAUAUGGCGGAGUAUUUUGGUCAGACAACGAGUACUGCAGUUGGGCUUUGCGCGGCAUAUUGGUGAUGGGUUAGACACGAAGAUAUGGGGCUGGAACUGGCUGGCCGAAUCUACUAAUGAACCACUAAGCACCCUGUGCGCAGAGCAUUUGUGGGAGGCUAGAGUGAAUGGUUUGCUCGACGACCAGGGGAGGUGGGAUGAAGGAGUUGUCUGUGACAUCUUCCUGGCUGUAGACGUGAAAAGAGUCCUCGCAACUCUGGUAAACAUUCACUUUAAGGACUCAUGGAGGUGGGUAGGGGACAUUCGUGGGAGGUAUACGGUUAAGCAUGGCUACCAACUCCUCACACACGGAGACAUGCAGCCCGUGGAACCCGGGAGCUUUCAGGCUUGGAAAGCUCUAUGGGCACUGCUGAUCCCACCUAAGAUCAAGAAUUUCUUGUGGAGGUGUGCUGCCAGUCCGCGACAACCUGAGAUUGAAAAAGUCGACGAUGUUCAGCAGGGGAGAGGUCUUCUCAACUUCAUGGACUCCACUAUAGGAAGUUCGUCCACACCUGCGGCUGUAAAGCUUGCUGCAGUGUUCUGGACGGUUUGGCUUACACGAAAUGAUGUCAUAUGGCACAACAAAUCUCUGUCCGUGGAGGAGGCUCGUGAACGGAUAAAACAUCUUCAAGAGAGCUGGGAAACAGCCUAUUCUACAACGGCUCGAUCAGCUGGAGUCACCGGCCGAACUGACAACUGGACUCCGUCGCCUUUGAAUACAAUCAAAUGCAAAAUCGAUGCGCCUACCUUCGCAACUGGUGCUGGCUAUGGCGCGGUUAUACGUGACCAUGGCGGCCAUUUUGUUGCAGCGAAGAGUGGGUGGUUUGAAGGUGUUAGUGAUCCAUAUCUAGCUGAGGUUCUUGCAGCGAAAGAGGCUUUGGCAUGGAUCCAGACGCAAGGCCGAAGCAACUGUUUGCUUGAAACUGAUUGUUUGAGAUUUUGCAACGCUUUUAAUUCCCGCAAUGUUGAUUUUUCGUAUGUAGGUUUAAUUGUGAAGCAAUGUUUGUCGAUUGCUAAUGAUAUGGGGACUGUUAAAGCGACCAAUGUUAGGAGAAUAGCGAAUCGUGUGGCUCAUGAGCUUGCUCGGGCAACCGUUUCUGAGUCUGUCUCAAAGGGUGGGCAUUUAUCCCACCGACCAUCGCCGAUUUAUUAA